AUGCUGCUCCAAGGGAACUUGGUAACCGGUUUGGAUUCAACCUUCUCCCCACGGCCCCUCGUCCGCUCGCCAAAUCUACGCCGUUCGCCGGGCCCGAAUCUUUCGCCGUCCUUCUUCUCGUCAAGCCAGUGUGAACUCUUCACAGUCUCCGGAUCUUCCAGGAUGCUCGAUUUCGACUGCUUGCUCAUGUUCUUCUUCUCCUCCUCGAUGACCCUUAUGGGGAAAAGAUCAGGGUUUAAGGACAGAGGGUUUCUCAGCGUCACCUCGCGGCGGCGCACCUUGGAGGCGGAGGGGAUGGUUUUGAGGGCGAUUUCAGUGAUGUUGGAAAAAGAUGAGGGCAUGAGGAGUUUUAUGGGUAGGUUGGCAAAGUUCACGAUUCUUCUUCCCAAUCGGCUUCCCAUUUUGUUUGCCUUUGACUUUGAGAGAAUUUCAGUAAACGCGUGGCUAGAUAAUGUUAGUGUGGAGAUUUCAGCUAUGGCGGAGUUGGAGUGUGCUCUGGGAAGAAGAGGGCAACCGCAGAGUGAAAGUGGAGAGGUGGUUGUGGUUGGGCCUGGGCUUUUCGAUCCGAUAUUGCCAGAGCACAUUUUAGCCGCAAGAGCAAAAUUGACAGUUAUUUCCUAA